UCAGUGAAUUAAAUUAUUGAGUUUUUCAACUCUGUCUUUCACUCCUCAAAUCCUCAAUUGCUUCACCAAAACAAUGGAAGAAAUUCAAAAUGAUGAAAAAUCAAAUUCAGGGAAUGAUUCCGCUCGACCAUGGCAAUCCUACAAUACUGUUUAUACCAACGCUAAAGCAGGGAUGGAAGGGGUGGACAAGGAGAAAGUGCAGAGGGUGGUUUAUGAGAUGAGCAAGGGAUCCAAGUAUUUUGAACACGAGGAAAAGAAAGAAGCUUACAUGAAGCACAAAAUCGAGAGCUUUCGGGCGCAGCUUGCUAAGCUUACUGACUCAGAUUUAUCACACCAUCGGAAGAUUGCUGAUAGAAAAAUUGCAGGAUUGGAAGCCACCCGUGAUCUGUCAAGGAUUUGGUUACAUGUAGAUAUGGAUGCUUUUUAUGCAGCCGUUGAAACACUGAGCAAUCCUUCUCUAAAAGGCAAGCCAAUGGCUGUUGGUAGCAUGUCUAUGCUAUCCACAGCUAAUUAUGAGGCAAGGAAAUUUGGGGUUAGAGCUGCAAUGCCUGGAUUUAUUGCACGUAAACUGUGUCCUGAACUAAUUUUUGUUCCAACAGACUUCAAGAAGUAUAAUCAUUUUAGCGGUUUAACUAGGAAAGUUUUCGAGAGGUAUGAUCCCAACUUUCUAGCUGCAAGUUUGGAUGAGGCUUACCUAGAUAUAACAAAUUUCUGCAAUGAAAAGGGAAUGACUGGUGGACAAGUGGCUGAAGAGCUCAGAGAAAGUGUUCACAAGGAGACUGGGCUCACAUGUAGUGCUGGGGUGGCACCAAAUCGCUUGCUCGCCAAGGUUUGUUCAGAUAUCAAUAAGCCAAAUGGUCAGUUUGUUUUGCCAAAUGAGCGUGUUGCUGUUGUAACAUUUAUAUCAUCAUUACCUAUAAGGAAGAUUGGGGGCAUUGGUAAGGUUACUGAAAAUAUUUUGAAAGGAGUUCUUGGAAUUACAACAUGUGAGGAAAUGCUGCAGAAAAGUAGUUUCAUCUGUGCAUUAUUUUCUCACGCAUCUGCAGAUUUCUUUUUAUCUGUCAGUUUGGGAAUUGGGAGGACAGAUACACCUCAAGCGUCCCAGAGGAAAAGUAUGAGUACCGAAAGAACUUUCUCGCCUACAGGAGACAAGGCAUCAAUAUUCCAGAAAUUAGUUGAUCUUUCAGAAAAUCUUUCUUCUGACUUGAAGAAAGAAGGCAUCCGUGGAAGAACAUUGACAUUAAAGUUGAAAACAUCAAGUUUUGAGGUUCGAACUCGGGCAGUGACUCUUUCAUAUAAUACUUGCUCAAGUGAGGAUAUUUUGAAACAAGCGAAAAAACUGCUCAAGGCUGAACUUCCGGUGUCACUCAGACUAAUGGGACUGCGGAUGUCAAACUUCGGUGAAGGCAGAGAAGGUGUUGCAGCUGAUCCUAAACAAAAGACACUUUCUAACUUUCUGGGGGCAGAUGAUGCUUCGCGACGAGGGCUGGGAGCUCAAGUGCAGUUAGAGUCCACUAUCUGUGAUGAUGCUCUAGCCAUCAUCGACACAGAGUCCAGUUUAUGUGGUGAUAUACACGAGCCAUCUGAAUCAAUUGAUUUUGCAGAUACCUACCAGAUACAUGAUUCUGAACACACGGGCACAAGGCAUUUUCACAGUGAAUCCGAAACUCGAGAAGCUUUUAAUCUCCAGAUUGACAAUUUGAAUGAAAAGGUUUGUCAUCACGACACAGUUGGAGCUGCGGCAGAUCUCCUUCCAACAGGAACUGGUCGGUUAGUAGAAAGAGAUUCUUCGUCUGGGUUGUGCGAGGAAAGCAGUUUUGAUCAACAUAAGAGAGACUGCAGCAAUGGCGAGGCAGGGUCUUCACUAAAUCCCAGAGAUACCAUAUGUUGGUUGAAUGACUACCAAUGCUCAGUAUGUGGAGCCGAACUUCCUCCCAGCUUUAUCGAGGAAAGGCAAGAGCAUUUUGAUUUCCAUCUUGCCGAGCGGCUGCAAGAUGAGGAGUCAAUCAACAGAAACAGACUUGUCAAGCCUCCUAACCUAAGAUUCGCCGAGAAGGGCGAUAUGAGCAAUCGAAAGAAAAAGAAGCAGAAAAGAUCUUCUCCUUCUGAGGGUAAGCACAUUCCAAUCGAUGCGUUCUUUGCCAAGACGAGCCAAAACUUCUGAUAUUGUAUAGUAGAAAAUCAAUUUUGUUCAUCAUAGAUCCUAUGUAUAUUUUCCCAAAA